UGUUACUUUGAUCAAAUCAAAAACGAUUUAACAACUUACCAAAAUGUUUUUAAAAAGUGGAAUAAUUAUUCCAUUUCGAUUUAAAGACACAAAAAAACUUGUUGCUGUUCCCUCCUCAAAAAGUGAAUAUGACAAAAUUACAAUUUCUGAUGUUAAAACAGCCAUUUAUUCGGCUUUUGAAAACUUGGGAAAUAAAAAAUGCAAAUUUUACAAUCCCAAAAUUGAUUUCGAAAUACCCGAAGAACUCUUUAUUCCAUAUUUGGAACAAUCUCAAAAAUUGACUAAUUUUGUUGUGGAAAUUGUUGAAACUGACGAAAUAAAUCAAGUCAAAGUGGAAGUUGAAGAAAUCAAUGUGGUUCAACAAAAUCCUCCUCCUCCACAACCACACAAAUCUAUUGAAAUCAAAAAACCUUGCAAAAGAAAUGCAGGUAAAGCACCUCCAAAGCUAACUAAAAAACAAAAACUAGAUUUCUUCGAUCAACAUUUGGAGAAUAUUCUCAAAUCUUCAGACGAAGGUCGAGCAAUUGUGAGCAACUAUGAAGUUGCCAAUCAAUUAAGCGAGGAAAAUAGACUUGCUCUCAUUAAUUUGAUUAUUAAUUUUGAGUUCGAAAGCCUCCUUGAAUCGAAUGCACCGAUUGCCAUUGACAGGACAAGACUCGAGGACUUGUCUUCUGCAAUCGUUCGUAAGUUUCCUUCUGAGAUUUCCUCCACUUACUUUGUAGGUUAUUCGAAUCAUGUGAAAUACCUUGCUGGCGGGAAAUUGUAUGAAUACUUUCAGAAUAAGAAAGUACAAUAUAUGCAAAUGGAAAGUAGUGACCGAUACUAUAACAAACCAGAAGGCACUAUCGAAGCCGAUUUCCCUGAAUUGAAUGAUUUGAUAGAAAUCCGGGAUGAUUGGGGAACUCAUUGCGAACUCUGGAGAAAUACCUAUGAGCUUCGUAUGACGUAUAUUCGUAACAUUCUCGACCCCUUGGCUUACUUUGAAAAACUCAUCUCAAUAUUUGGCGACAACAGUAUUGAUAUAAUAGAUGGAGAUUUUGAAAUACUUCAUCCAGGGAAGAACUAUAAUCUAUUUGAUAACUGGGAUCGAUUGCAUAGUAGAAUUUUUACCGAAGCCCUUUAUAUGGAUUGGAAGGAUGUGCCACUUAUUUUAGAUUUGUAUGGAAAAUUGCCAACAUUAUCAGAAUUAAUGAUCUUGAGCUAUUUCGUGCAGAAUUACGGACGCGACGUAAAACCCUUUCAGAAAGAUGAUCCAGAAAAUCUUGUUAUUCAUUUUGAUAGUAUAGAUGAAUUAGACCCCGAAGAUUUCUUAAAAGAUUACUGUGAAAUCCAUGACUUACAGACACCCAAAGUAUUUGCAGUAGGAACAACUCCAGAUGACUUCAAUUGUUAUGUUCUUGUUGGAUCUAGUAUUGCAAAUGAGUUAUCCCACCAAGCAACGUCUUGUUUGGCAAGUGAUACAAAAUGUUAUUUAUGGCAUAUAUACUGACAAUGACUGUGAAUCUGAGAUUUUUUUGAAGAUUUUUAAGAAUUAAGAAUUUUUUUUAAGAAAUUGUAUAUUUAAGAAAUAUAUUUAAAGAACU